GAUAUUUAGGUACGGUAACUCUAGCCGACAGCUGUUGUGCGGUCAGUUCAAUCAAUUAUUUGUUUGCGCAUUUGUUGCUAAAUUAUAUUGUUAGCAUGAUAUAAAGGUGUAUAUUUGUGCAAAAUUAAUCAUUUAAUUACCAUGGUGUUAUCUAAAAUCAUAUCGGAGAGCGCUGCAUUAUCUGCUGUAAAAUAAAUUUGAAGGGUUUACUCGAAAUACUCGUGAUCAAUAUAACGCCAAAGAUGACGUCGUGCUAAACCGGUCGACAAAGGAAACAGGAGUUGCAUGCAUUAUUUACUCUACGCAGGCAAAAAAAUAACAACACUAAUUAAGGUCGCUUCAUGGCCAUUUAAUGCACUUUAGAUUGAAUAUGCUGAUAGUUAACGUUUGUUGCACGCAAAAUGGUUCCGGGUCAACAUGAAAAGCGCUUAUUACUGCCGCAAAGGAGUCAUCACAAUCGCGAAAUCACUGAUAUCUAUUCCUCUGCUGAAUUUGAAUCCGCAGAGGUUGGUAAUAGUGAAAUGGAUUGCAGUGAUGAAGACCUUGAGUAUAAGAGGACAUUGCAGCAGUAUUAUGCGAAGCACGAGUUUUCUUUCAUUCAAAUAAUGAUGUCGGGAUUGCGUUGGCGAAAACGUGCUGUAAUACGUAUAUUAUGUUGUACAAUGGUAUUGCUUUUAAUGUUAAUGUCAUUUUACAUGCCGCUUAUUCCGAACAUGCAAACACGACAUACUGCACUACCGGAUUGGGACUUCAAUACGUCUAGAAAUUUAGCUGAUUAUGUGCUGCCUGACAACAAAACAGUGAUUUUAGAACCUCAGCUUGGGUGUCAAAAUAAGUUGUUUCUGCUUGUUGUAGUUUGUUCAAGUAUGCAGAACUUUGCCAUAAGACAAGUCAUUCGUGAAACAUGGGGCAACACAUCACGCUUCAAUAUUGGCAUGUUUACGAAACUACAUAAGCGUUUUGAAGGUCAAUACUUGCAACCGUCACCAGAACGCCUACAUUACUAUAGCAAAUUCCUAAAUCUAUCAACAAAUAACACAUAUACUAUUCCUGAUGUGAUACCGAUGAAAGUUUAUUUUAUGUUGGGUCGCAGUGCUGAUUUGUCAAAUGAAACAUCAUCACUUGUACGCUCAGAGUCCGAACAAUACGGCGAUAUUAUACAAGAGAAUUUCAUCGAUACAUAUAACAAUCUGACCCUCAAAUCAGUGUUUGCUCUAAAAUGGAUGAUUCAACGUUGCGCACAACAUUCAGCAUUUUUUAUGAAAGUAGAUGAUGAUACUUUCUUGAAUGUGCCAAAUCUGUUGCACUAUCUACUAGGUGGCACUCUUCCGCUCUACAACGAUACUUUGGAUUUGUAUGACACACACACCUACCAUGUAUUAUCACCACGAAAUCGCUUCAAGAGUACAAGAAAUUACCUGGGAGGACAUUUGUUUUGUUCCUCACGACCAGUUUCGCUGGUUAGCAAUAAAUGGUAUAUGCCAUAUUAUAUGUUUCCGGGCGAUAAAUAUCCAAAGUACUUGAGUGGCUCCGCGUAUGUUAUGUCUGCGGACGUGGUACCACGAUUAUACCAAGCCGCUUUCAAUACCACCUUCAUACACAUCGAAGAUGUCUACUUAACAGGCAUAUGCGCUGAAAAAAUUCACCUGCCCCGUCAUCACAAUGCACUAUUUAGUUAUACACGUGCCAGGGACUGGUGCAGUUUUCGUGGAAGCAUCACACAACAUGAAGUGAAAGAUGAGAGUAUGUUGGAUGCAUAUUUAUAUGUGACCAAUACGAGCUUGUAUUGCGCACCUCCUGCUAAAUAUAUGAAUAAGCGCUUACAUAAGCAAAUCGGCUGUGUUUGAGUAUAUGAAAAAUGAGACUGUCAUUGCGAAUGUUAUAUUAUGUUUUUGGUAUAUUUCGAUUAUUGUCAUAUUUUAAUACUCUUUAGUUAUCUUUAUUUUGUUUUUUGUUUUGUUUUCACAUAUGCACCACCGUUAAGAAUGUGCUUCGCAUUAGAUUAAGUUGAAGAAAAAGUGCGCAACUAUAUACACAUGUAUUUAUAUAUAAGGAGUUAUUAUAUUUAAGUAUUUAAAAGCUACAUAUUAUUUUAAAGAUAUUUUAAAUUUGCUCUUAACUGUAUUAUAUGAAAUCUGCUACAAAACCAUUUCGCACAAGUUAAGAAAGUAAGCAAACAAAUAGUACACACAAGAGCAAAAUCAGUUUAUUAUUUUAAGUAUUUAUACAUGUAUGUGUGCAUGUAUCUAAACUAACCUAUGCAUGUCUCAUUACACGAUUAGGCUUAAUGAUAACACCUUGACAUUAUUUCAAAUUCCAUGUAACUGAUAACAUUUAUGAAAAAGUUUUCACUAAAGGUUAUCAAACUAUUCCUAUGGAUUAAGCGAAAGUCUGUCAUUGCUUAACAGUUGGAAACUGAAAGUUCUAUUCAUAAAAUACGAAAUUAUAAAUGCAUGGAAACAUAUCUUGAUAAAAAGUGUAUUAUGUCGACUUGGUAUAAUUUCGUUGCCGUCGUUUUACAUUUAUAGUUUGUGAAUUCACCGAAUUCGAUCUGUAUAUUUGAUAUACUAAUAUUAUUAACUAAAUAUGUUAACGAGAUUCACUGGCCAGAUAUUUCGUAUAAGCAAGCAUGUAUGUAUAUACUUAUAUAUAAUUAUAUACAAUUGAAAAACAAAAACAAAUUCGGAUUGAUUGAUUUGUAGUCCAUUUUAAAAUAAUAAUUGUGAUUUUCCAGCCAUCUAUAGAUUUGAAUUAAGCGAUACUCUAUAAAGUACUUAAAAAACUAAAAUUAGAAACACAAGUAGACGACUAUAUAUUUCUAAAUAUUAUAAUAAGCGGUUCUCAUUAAGCGAUUUAAUAUACCGUAAUUAAAAAGUCUCACAAUAUCGAUGAUUUAAAUUUACCGAUUUCUUUAUAUAUUGUUUUUAAAUAUUAUGCGCAAACAAAUACUGACGACACUAUGUUCCGUGUAUCACACCCUAUGGGCCUUAAGGCCUGCACAGGUCUCAAGAUGGCUCCAUCCAUUGCAUGUGUUGCACCUAAUGGAAAUCGGAUCGAGUCUUUUGGCGCAAACGCAACAGAAAUAUUCCUUAAUGCUCAGGUUAGACGCCAUGCCAGCACGGGUCAGGAGGAUGCGAAGCAACCCUGUUGCUAGGAGUUGCGCCAAUGACGACAAUGAAAAAACGCAAAUCAAUUACGUAGAACCGGCUGUCUUGGAAAUUGCCCUAAAUUGUCCAAAAGCUUUUUCAUAAUAAUUGUUCAAUAAACGUUUCUCCAUACAUAUCUACAGUUUAAACCGCCAUUUUUGAGCACGAACGUCGUUUCGCUAAGCUUCCAGGCCACAUGUUGUUAUACUAACUCAAUUUUUGCGCCGUUAUGCUCCUGACAUUUAAAACUGUUUAUAAACAAUUUCAUUUCGAAAGACUUUUUUCACAUUCUAUUGUUAGUAAAUAUUUUUAAAAUAUUUAGUGCACAUCCAUUUAAAAAUAAUACAAAUUUCUCAAAAGCUAGAAUAUUCUAUAACUCACUGUUUGUUUAAGUUGUAAAAUUUAAUAACUACGUAAGUGAAAGUAUUAUACACAAUUAAGUAACUGUAUGUUUCUUUGUAAUUUCACAAGUAAAUAGUCUAGAUAUCUACAUAUUAUAUUUAUUAAUAUGUACAUGGGUAAACGAAAUAAUUCACAUAAAUAUUGCCAUACUUUUCAAUGCAACUGUGCCAAUCAGCAUUGUUUAAUAUUCUCUUAUAACUAUAUAUUUACACUCAAUAUACUAAACAUUUGAAAUAUGCGUUUUUGUUAAAAAUUAUUUAAAAUAGAUUUGUUAAAUAAAACACCAGAAGACGCUGGA